AUCAAUUGGCGGGGCCCUCACUGAAGCCGGAAGCACAUGCUGUGGCGCGCUGCCCCUAUGUUGUUAUUUACUGUGACAUGUAGCCUGAAAGCCGGAGAUAUUUCUGCGUUUUCCGAAACUUAACGUCUGUGUAGAUUAUCUAAAAAAUGGCGACAACGGUGGCGACGCCCGUCAUCCCGACGGAGCACGACACGGACCGGUGCGGGAGCGAGGAGGAGAGCCGCGGGGCCGAGGCGGAGGAGAGCGGGCAGCCGCAGCAGACAGGCCCGGGGGCCGUGAGCCACAGCCGGCUGUCCAAACUGCCGCUGGCCCGCAUCAAGGCGCUGAUGAAGACCGACCCGGACGUGUCUCUGGCCAGCCAGGAGUCCGUGUUUAUCAUCGCUAAAGCCACGGAAUUGUUUGUUGAGAUGAUUGCCAAAGAUGCUCUGGUCUACGCUCAGCAAGGGAAGAGGAAAACGUUGCAAAGAAAAGAUUUGGACAACGCAAUAGAGGCCAUAGAUGAGUUUGCAUUUCUCGAAGGCACACUGGAUUAAAGACAGCUUCAGGAGACCAGUCGGAGCGCGGUGAAUAUCCAGAAAGCAUCCGAGAAGCUUUCCAUUACAGGAGCACAGUUUUUUUUGUCAGAAACCUUGUGGUACUUUUCUAAGCCGAACUCUCAGAUUGGAUGUUUAUAAAUGCUUUUAUACAACAAACUCUUAAGAUUUUUCAUGCUUAAUUUUGAAGACAUUGAUGGUAAUGUGUACAUUUUCCUGUAAAUAUGUGUGAAAUACUACUGGACGAUGAAAUAAAUGUACGUUUUAAGCAA